AAAAAUGACAGCAGGAAGAUUUAAAGCUCAGACAAGUUAGAGAUAAACUCAGAGAGAGGACUCUUGCAAAAACAAUGACUGGUAACGACACAGAACAGAAUUCCUCUGCACUGACCGUGGCUGUCAAACAUGUGCAAACAUUUUGUGUGGUUAUCUACUGCCUGAUUGCUGUGGUUGGGACUGUAGGCAACGGCCUAGUCAUCUUUGUGACAGGCUUUAAGAUGAAGAAAACUGUCAACUCCGUGUGGUUUCUCAAUUUGGCUUUGGCUGAUUUCCUUUUUACGGCCUUCCUGAUUUUUUCAGCUGUCUCUCUCUAUCAAGAUCACCACUGGCCCUUUGGCCAAUUCAUGUGCAAGCUCAACAGCUUUGUGAGCGUAGUCACCAUGUUUGCCAGUGUCUUCUUUUUGACAGCAAUAAGUGUGGAUCGUUGUUUGUCCAUCUGGGUGGUGGUGUGGGCACAAAACAACCGCACUGUCUUUAAAGCCCAAAUCAUAAGUGCUGUUAUCUGGUUGGCUGCAGGGAUCUGCAGUACACCUUAUGUCUGCUUCCGUACUAUAAUAGAGAAAAAUAACGUUACAGACUGCUUUUAUGAUACAGAAACAAAAAAUAAAUGGAGUCUGGAAAUUUUCCGUUUCAUAAUGGGCUUUCUUAUUCCAUUUCUGGCAAUACUUUUCUCCUCUGUGGCCAUCACCAUCCGUUCAAGGCGUUUGCAACGGCAAAAAAUCCAGAGAUUUCAUCGCAUUGUUUUCUCUGUUGUUUUGGCAUUUUUCAUCUGCUGGCUGCCCUUUCAUAUUUUCAUUUUUGUAGACAAAAGCUCCAAUAAUGAGUAUCUUGUUCAGAUUGGAGGUCCUCUAAUUGUAUGUCUCGCCUUCAUAAACAGUUGUCUGAACCCCAUCCUUUAUGUUUUCAUAUGUCAUGACUUCCAGAAGAAGCUCAAACAGUCCAUAUGCCAUGUUCUAGAGAGCGCCCUGAAUGAUGACCAUCUGUCUUUUGUGUCUUCAAGAUCUCUUGCAUCGCACUUUUCACGGAUUACUCGAAAGUCAGAUUCUGCACCCCCAGAAGACAAACAUGGGAACUAGGGUUUCCCAAGAAAAUAACAUUGUAGAGCAGAGGUUUUAAAUGUAUGGGUUCUAUGUUGUGGUAUGACAAUUCCAAUUGUUUUAUUAGUUUUGGGAUUUUUAUUCUUUUUUUGUUUUGUAUGAACAAAACUUUUCACAAGUUACAAGGCUUUUUAAUGUUUUUCCUUAUUUACUUUUUUAAACACUUUAAAUAGCCAUUUUAAACCAUAAGUUUCUGCAAUGAUACUCUAUGAUGCAAGACAGAAUAUUGUAAUAUAUCAUAAUCUUUCACCCUAUGAUGCAGCACUGUUGCACUUGUAAGCUAAAGUUUAUGCUGAUGAUUGCAAUUAAUCAAAGUGACUAUCUAGAUUAUUUGUGCUCUGUUUUUCACAUUUGUAUUUUGAAGUUCAGUCUCAAAAUACAGGCUGACUUGAAUAAAAGACUC